ACCCUUUUGACAGCCCCUUUGAUAGCCCAACGUCCUGAUGACGAACCCGUGCGUCUCGCAAAACGGCGAGUUGCGCAGAGCACCGUCUUCGGAACGGCGAAUCAGCGAGUGGUAAGCUCACUGGAGAGAUUCUCCUCUGGGUAAAGGCGCGCUGAAGCUAGCGAAUGAUCUACAUAACGGGGGUACAUCGUGCUGUUGAUUGUGGAACCUGGAAAACGCCGUUCCUCGUACUCGGCGCACAGCUCCUCGUCAGGCCUCUACCUGGUGCUUUGCAUCGCUGUACUCCGCCUGCUUCCGCACUAUAUAGUAUGUAGCUAUCGCUUCUCUCCUUUCGUCUCCUCGUCCCUGGUCACGCCCACACUCGUUCAUCAUGAGAGUUGUUUCAUUCCUGGCCAUCGGCCUGUUCUCCGGCGCCUUGGCCGCUACCGUCUCGAACGACGCCACUUGCGGAGGAACCAACAAAUACACGUGUCUUGGCAGCACGUUCGGAAACUGCUGUAGCAGCGCCGGGUGGUGUGGUUCUACAUCCGCGUACUGCGGAACUGGUUGUCAAUCUGCCUACGGCAACUGUGGUAGCAACAGCCCCACGAGCAGCAAACCUGUAAGCAGCAAGAGCAUCGCUUCGUCCACCAAGUCUUCCUCAGCACCGGCCUCGACAUCCACGAAGAAGGUGUCCACAGAUGCGACCUGCGGCGGUUCCAAGGGCUAUACCUGCCUUGGCAGCUCCUUCGGUAACUGCUGCAGCGCCAACGGUUGGUGUGGCUCGACAUCAGCAUACUGUGGAACCGGAUGCCAGUCUGGCUUUGGAAAUUGUGGAAGCAACAACGGAGCUUCGAGUACUGUGCUAAGCAGCACCAAGGUCACCUCCGCCACCUCGAAGACUUCCGCCGUCUCAUCACCAUCUGCGACUGCGUCUGGCUCAGCCACCCAGUGCUUGACCGGAAAGAAGGUGCCCUACAAGGUCUCAUCUGAUGCGGCCUACUCCCAGCUUGCACAGCCGUACAACCUGCGCUUGCCGUACAAGCCUGCUGUUAUCGUUCUGCCGACAACGAAUCAGCAUGUCCAGGACGCUGUGGUGUGUGGUGCAAAAGGUGGCUUGAAGAUUCAGGCAAAAUCUGGUGGCCACUCUUAUGCAAGCUUCAGUAGCGGAGGAAAGGAUGGAUCGAUGGUUAUCGAUUUGGAGUCUUUCCAGAACGUCGCUUUGGACACUUCGUCUGGCGUUGUCCAGGUCGGCGGUGGUGUGCGAUUGGGCAACCUCGCAGAUGGUAUCUACCAGCAAGGCAAGCGAGCUCUGUCUCACGGCACUUGCCCCGGUGUCGGCAUCGGUGGACAUUCCACUCACGGCGGAUAUGGCACAACUUCGCGCAGCUGGGGUCUCGCCAUGGAUGCUAUCACCGCCGCCGAUGUUGUCCUCGCGAACGGCACCCUGAUCAAGGCCAGCUCCACGCAGAACUCCGAGAUCUACUGGGGCAUCCGCGGUGCCGCUGAGUCCCUCGGCAUAAUCGUCAAUUUCUACAUGCAGACCCGCGCCGCUCCAGAAAGCGUCACUUACUUUGCCAUCCCCUGGACCGGCAUGUUCGACCAGAAGUCCACCUUCACGAACGGCUGGCUGCGCCUCCAAGAAAUCGCGCGCAACUCCUCCGUCAUCGACAACCGCAUUUCCUUCGGCGUCUACCUCGACAACGCUGGAACCUUCUCCCUCUCCGGCUUCUUCUCCGGCACCGUCGCCGAAUUCAACUCCAAAAUCAAGCCAGAGUUCCUCCGCAACAUGCCCACCGCUGGCACCCCGACGGUCAAAUCCUACGGCUGGUACGACUAUCUGGUCCUCCUCGGCGGCAAGGACACCAUCAAGGAGCCUACCACCGGCUACGCCGAGCACGACACUUUCUUUGCGAAAUCUCUUACCGUCCCCGAGACCGACGGGCUCUCUGCCGCCGCGCUGAACGCGUACUACGACUACAUCAAGUCCGGCAGCGUGACCUUCUACUCCAUCAUCAACCUCUACGGCGGCCCCGGGUCCGCCAUCAACAGCAAGGACACUACCUUCGCCGCGUACAGCGACCGCGACAGCUUGUGGGUGUUCCAGAACUACGGGACGGGUGCGGGUGCCGAUGUCGUGAGCUACAUGAACGGCAUGAACGACGCGAUCAUCAAGGCGCAGCCGAAUACGAAGUUUGGCGCGUACCUGAACUACGUGGAUCCCAGCUAUGAUGCGGCGACCGCGCAUAAGCUGUACUACGGGGAUGCGGUGUAUGCGAGGUUGGCGGCGCUGAAGAAGGUCGUGGAUCCGGCGAAUGUGUUCUGGAAUCCGCAGAGUAUCGGAGCGUAAAAAGAGAAAGAGCUUGUAAUGUAUAGAUAAUGUUAAUAGAUCUUUUUCACCGAUAUUGAUGGUUUCGUUCAGUG